GAGGCCAGGAGUGUCUUAUCUGGAGUUGCCUGGUGAGUCAGCAGCCAGGAAACCAGGACCCCUCUGACAGUUUAUGCUUUAUGACCAGGUGCCCUUGUUCUCAUUCAUGGAGAUUGACGACAAUUUCUGCUCUUCUCCCAGUGACCUGCACAGUGAUGCCAAGUCAGCCAUUCUGCUCUGCCUCCUGGGGUCUGAACUGUGUUCUCCAGCAGGGAUGGGGGAUGCAUGAAGCUGCACCCACUGCCUGGCCUAGAGAGAGCCACUGGACCCCACUGACCACCAGGGGACAAGAUGGGGAUCUCACUGUGCACUCAGGCCACAACACCUGUGACUUAGGGGAGGGAUUUUGGUCCUCACAGUUAGUGAAGUUGGCACACAGGUGGGGAAACAUGGGUCUGACACCUGCUGGAGGCCACACAGCAGCAUGUGGCUGGCAGGGCUGAGAGUUGCACCCAGGGCUGGGCACUAUCAAUUGCCUUUGACGGACAUGGAUUGGUCCCUAGAGGAAGCAGGGCCAGGGCAGCUGCAGCCCCAGCGGUCAUAGCGCUGGGGUUGGGGAAACCUCGUGUGUGUCAGUGUGACUAGGAGGCGGUGAAGAAUGCACUCCCUUCUGCAUGCCUAUAGGAGAAGCUCAAGGAGAGGCAUACUUGGGAGGAGCCAUGGGAUGAAGCUGGAAUGCUGGGGGUGGAGCCUGGAGAGCUUGGAGCCCUCAUAAGACCUGACAGCCAGGAGAGGGCACAUUUCAGGGACACCAUGGAGAGUGGCUUCACUGGGGGUGAUGAGUACCAGAAGCACUUCCUGCCCAGGGACUACUUGGCCACUUACUACAGCUUCGAUGGCAGCCCCUCACCCGAGGCUGAGAUACUGAAGUUUAACUUGGAAUGUCUCCACAAGACCUUCGGCCCUGGAGGCCUUCAAGGGGACACGCUGAUCGACAUUGGCUCAGGCCCUACCAUCUACCAAGUUCUCGCUGCCUGUGAGUCCUUCCGAGACAUCACUCUCUCCGACUUUACUGACCGCAACCGGGAGGAGCUGGAAAAGUGGCUGAAGAAGGAGCCGGGGGCCUAUGACUGGACCCCGGUGGUGAAAUUCGCCUGUGAGCUGGAAGGAAACAGCGGCCAUUGGGAGGAGAAGGAGGAGAAGCUGCGGGCAGCAGUGAAGCGGGUGCUCAAGUGUGAUGUCCACCUGGGCAACCCGCUGGCCCCUGCUGUGUUGCCCCCCGCCGACUGUGUGCUUACCCUGCUGGCCAUGGAGUGUGCCUGCUGUAGCCUUGAUGCCUACCGCACUGCACUGUGCAACCUUGCCUCACUGCUCAAGCCGUGUGGCCACCUGGUGACCACAGUCACGCUUCAGAUCUCAUCCUACAUGGUGGGGAAGCGUGAAUUUCCCUGCGUGGCCCUGGAGAAGGAGGAGGUGGAGCAGGCUGUCCUGGAUGCUGGCUUUGACAUUGAACAGCUCCUACAGAAUCCCCAGAGCUACUCUGUCACCAAUGCUGCCAGCUCUGGGGUCUGCUUCAUUGUGGCUCGCAAGAAGCCUAGGCCCUGAGCCAGGAGGGCCAGCCAGAGGUCUGGUCAGGCUGUGAGGCCUUGGCCAUCUGUAUGCUAGAGAGGGGUGAGGAAUGGAUACUGUCUAACAGCCUCUGAUUUCAAUACUAACAUUUCAUCUUCUGAAACUCUGAGAUUCUAACAUCCUUGUUUUAGAAUUCUAAGUUUCCAACAUUCCUCAUUCUAGGAUCCUAGGAGUGGAAUUUUCCAUUUUCUAGUCUACUAAGCCUUACAACUGUCUUAGAUGUGAUCUGACUCCUGUGUGACUGUGGAGCACCCAGGGACAUGGUUUCAGAGUCUACCUAAUAUGUUAAGAACAAGGAAACCUCUGGACAGUGGUAUAUUGGGGAAUGUUUCAUAACCAGCUCUGUAAAGGAAAAGCACCGAUGUGUAGCAGUUACCAGUUUCUGUGGUGUAAAUACUCCCACCAUGGUGGAUUUCAAGCCACCAGUGGUUUAAUAACCAGUUCAUAAAUCUCCUAAACAUGUUACAGUUGACUCUCAUGAGCUGAUUGGAGUCAGCUGGAACAUACCACUGCCUCUAGACUAAGGUCAGCAGAUUUGACAAAUACAGACUGCCCCAGUUCACUGAAUUUUAGAUAAAUGAAAUAAAUUUUUAAGGUUAAGUAUGUCCCCAGAAUUGCAUGGAACAUGCUUAUCCUAAACAAUGAUUUGUUGUUCACCUGAAAUUCAAAUUUAGCUGGGUGUCCUGUAUUUCAUUUGGCAACUCUACUUCAGACCCAAGUGUAAGGUACAUGGAUGUGCUUUGGUCAAGGAAUACGCCAAGGUAGAUAUCCAUGCCUGCAUGACUCAGCGGGUUUGGUGCACAGGCACACACCUCCACUUGUUAUAUAACCUGUUUGUGUAAGUUCAUACUUCGUCUGAGCCACUGUUGUCUGUAAAAGGUAAUUGUCCUGCUAAUGCUGUACAGGGACUCUUGGGGUUCGGCUCAGCUCAACAUGACUUGACAUGGUGGGCACGCUGGCGCCCAGAGAAAGAGAGAGAGCCAAAGCUGUCCGUCUUGCAGAUGGACAGGAAGGAGCUAGGACACAGUUCGGCUAGCUCAUGCCCAGAGGGAGAAAGAGUUAAGCUGCUGACCCUGAAGGCAAGGGAGAGCAGGCUGCACAGCUGUGUGUGGGAGCCCUGGGCUCAAGCAGCCGAGACAGGGCGGACAGUGUGAGAGAGCUAGUGUGAGUAAGCUGUUGAUGAGAGCUGUUGCUGAAUAAAACCAUAUUCACCUGCCUAUGGGCCCCGAGUGUUCUUUCUGUC